UCCAAUCCUACCCUCACCUCGUCCCACUCCCACUCUAGCCGCCAGACAAACCCUAGCCCCCUUUCCUCGAUCCCCACAGCCUCUCCCCCCUCGCGAGACCAUGGCCUCCGCCCUGGAGCCCCGCGGACGUCUGCUAUAACUCCUCCCUCGUCUCUGUCCGGCCGCCCCCUCGUGCUCCACCAUGCAGUCGCCUCUUCCUCCUCUAUUCCCUCCUACCGUGGUUCCAGAUCAGAUACAGACCGUCAUAGUGGAGAGCAUGAGCGUCAAGGUCUUAAUAGUGGGGUGGAGCUGCAGGGGAGGUAAGGAUGUCGGACGGAUCUGGCGCCUGCCGGCUGAAGCAGCAGGAGUUGGCAGAGCGACGGAUGUAGACGGGGUCAUCAACAGGGGCUGUAAGAGAAGGAGCUCAAGUUGGUUCACGGUUUACCUUUGCAUGCUCUCUAUCCCCCUUCCCUCACUCAUGCCUCCCCCUUUUCUCAUGGAUGAGGGCUUCGGCUGCAGGUGCGCCAGGAGGAGUGUAAGGCUGAGGUUGUUUGACUGCCGGACCAGCAGGAGCAAGGAGCCAACGGUGGUGGGUUCAUUUGGGAAGGAUCUUGAGCUAUUAGACUCACCUGGAAUUUUGCCAAUGAGAAUUAGAGACCAGACAGCUGCACUUAAGCUUGCUAAGCUACCCAUUUAUUCCUUCUAUUCGUUGAUUAUAGGAACAACACAUGCGUUCAUCAUACAAACCUGCAGCUUAUGUGCGAUAGGAUGGACUCGACAUAAAAAAAAGUUUCUCUUCGGCUGCUCUGAUUUUGAGCCAAGACCCUUGGGUGUUUGUCUGGCCUCAUUGUCGACAGUGUGCAUCAGUUCGUUAUGACCUCAUCUCUUCAGUGAGAUUUUUUCCUCCAUGAAGGUUCCUCCUUACAUUGGGUUUAUUAUCCUAUUACGCGUGCUUGAUUCUACUGGAUAUUUUUGCCAUGGUGGAUUUCCGUAUUGUUCUGCAGGAUAUCCCUGACGAUCACAGGGAACGGUCCAACCAAAAGAAAAUAAUUGUAUCAAGUAAGCGCAAUAAUUUGUUGAUCUUUGCAAGU